AUGAGGUCAGCGCGGGUCUUACUCUUCCCAGGCUGCUCUCUCCCCGCGCUGGUUCUGGUGGUGUUCGUUGUUGACUCUCUUGGUGAAGACAUGAUUUUUCACCCCGAGGAUAUAAUUUUUCACCCGGAAUGGGGGUUUGACUCCUACGAAGUCACCAUCCCCUUGAAGCUCACCUUCCGGAGAGAGGGGCAGGAUGUGACCGGUCCUGUGUCAUAUCUCCUGCAGUUAAAUGGCAAGAAGCAUGUCCUCAACUUGUGGCCCAAGAGGUUUCUGUUGCCCCGGCACCUGAGCGUUUUCUCCUUCACAGAAGAAGGGAAACUGCUGGAGGAUCACCCUCAUAUACUCAGGGACUGCAGCUACACGGGCUCUGUGGAGGGCUUUCUGGACUCCGAAGCUACUCUAAGCACGUGCAUGGGUGGUCUCCGAGGUGUGUUAUACCUUGAGGCCAAACAUUACCAAAUUGAGCCCCUGAAGUCCUCUUCCAGUUUUGAGCACGUGGUCUAUCUCCUGAAGAAAGAACAGUUUAGUGAUCAUAUAUGUGGCUUAACUACCGGGAAAGUGGAAGGGCGGUUGGACAAUGUGCAUUCCAUGACUCAUCUAAGGGACUAUGCUGGGACCUAUGUACACCCCAAAUAUUUAGAAUUGGUCCUGCUCUUUGAUAAAAGUAGAUAUAUGUUUGUGAAUGGCAAUCUUUCUCAAGUCAUAAAUGAUGCCAUUCUUUUGGCAGCGAUUAUGGACACUUACUUUCAAGAUGUCCAUAUGAGGAUACAUCUAAAAGCUCUCGAAGUGUGGACAGAUUUUAACAGAAUAUAUCUUGUAUAUUCGGACUUAGCCGAUGUCGUAAACAGACUUGCACUGUAUAGAAGAAGUGUGCUAGAUGAUCGGCUUCCAUCUGAUUGGGCACAUUUGUAUGUUCACAAAAAAUACAAAGAUGCCUAUGCAGCGUUCAAUGGAACCGUGUGUUCUGAAAAUCUGGGGGCGUCAGCAAGUAGUUUACUAGAGGCAAAUAUCCUUGCCCCUGCCACCUGGUCUUCUCAUGAACUGGGCCAUGCUGUGGGAAUGGCACAUGAUGAAGAGUACUGCCAAUGUAAGGGUAGGCUUAAUUGCAUCAUGGGCAGAGGACGCACUGGGUUUAGUAAUUGUAGUUAUAUCUCUUUUUUUAAAUAUAUACACACAGAAGCAAACUGUCUAAAUAAUAUCCCAGGAAUGGGUUAUGUGGUUAAGAGAUGUGGAAACAAAAUUGUGGAAGAAAAUGAGGAAUGUGACUGUGGUUCCAAAGAAGACUGUGAGGAAAACGAUUGUUGCCUUGCAAAUUGUACAUUGAAACAAGGCGCCAACUGUAGCACUGGACUCUGCUGUCAUGAAUGUCGCUUUCGUCCCUCUGGAUACGUGUGCAGGCAGGAAAAAAAUGAAUGUGACCUUGCCGAGUACUGUGAUGGUAAUUCCAGUUAUUGCCCGAGGGACUUUUAUAAGCAAGAUGGAACCCCAUGCAAGUAUGAGGGUCGUUGUUUCCGUAAGGGGUGCCGAUCCAGAUAUAUGCAGUGCCAAAGCAUCUUUGGACCUGAUGCCAGGGAGGCUCCUCAUCAGUGCUAUGAUGCAGUUAAUUUAAUAGGUGAUCAGUAUGGUAACUGUGCCAUCACGGGAGUUGGAAGCUACAAAAAGUGCGACAAGGAAAAUUCAAUGUGUGGCAGGCUACAGUGUAUAAAUGUCAAAACCAUCCCUGAUUUGCCAGAUCAUACUACUAUAAUCUCUACUCAUCUGCAGGCAGAAAAUCUCCUGUGCUGGGGCAUUGGCUAUCAUCUAGCCAUGAGACCCUUAGGAAUACCUGACAUAGGUGUGAUAAAUGAUGGGACCUCAUGUGGUGAGAACCGGGUAUGUUACAACAAAAAUUGCAUCAACAGCUCAGCUUUGAACUUUGACUGCGUGCCUGAGAAGUGCAGUGCCCGAGGUGUUUGCAACAAUAGAAAAAACUGCCACUGCAUGUAUGGCUGGGCCCCUCCGUUCUGUGAGGAGGAGGGGUAUGGAGGAAGUAUCGACAGUGGACCUCCUGGACCACUAAGAGUAGAUGUGCCCACAUCAGUCCACGUUGUGUUUAUCAUGAUAUUGCGCCUUCUUUUAUUAGUCAUCUCAGUGAUUUUUGUGUAUUUCCGUCAAGUGAUAGGAGAGACUUUAAUGCCCAAACAACAAGAAAUAUCACCAGAUCAACGACCCAACAUAAAAACUCAACGUAAAGAGUCUGAAAAAUCUGUAGGGCCUAAAGCAACCCCUGAAGGGUCUAAAGUGACCCCUGAAGGGCCUAUAGUGACCCCUGAAGGCAAAGCACCCAAAGCAAAGAGUGUCAAGAGAAAGUAA